AUGUCUGACGAAAUCAAGAUCGAGACCGGUGCGUACUUUUUACACACUCGCUACUCCCAGCAACCUUCAUACGCCAUCUUCCACAUCUACAGCUCGACAGCAAAGAAAAGCCGACCUGCCGGAUCCGGAUUCGACAAUGCGAGGCGGACCAAGGCUUGGAGCCGAUCCUUUCCGCCUCCCUUUGACGCUCGUUUCCCCAACACCAACCAGAGCAAGCACUGCUGGCAGUCGUACAGCGAUUACUACAAGUGCAUCAACGCUCGUGGUGAGGAGUUCACUGGCUGCAAGCAGUUCCUCAAGACCUUUAAGAGCAUCUGCCCCAACGAGUGGGUUGCCAAGUGGGAUGAGCAGCGCGAGGAGGGAACCCUCCCCUUCAAGGUUACCGUUUAA